AACGCGCAGACUCUCAGAGCUCUGAGCGUGACACUUGUAGUGAGGUCUUGACUAUAUAAGUCCAUUCAGCAUCUUGUCUUAAAGUAACUAAACACUAGUUUCUUCAAAGAAGUGAAGGAGGGCGGCAUCUCGCCAAAUACCUGGUAACCUGCAAGGCUACUGUGCUGGAGCUCCUGUGAAGACUGAAGAUUCCUGUUGAUAUCCUGACAUGAAGCUCAAUCUACUUGGCACCACCGUGAUUCUGCUAGUUGCCUUCAUACCGCGCUACGAAUGUCGGGCUAUUGAGAGCCCUGGCGGUGCUCUGCGCGUCCCAGCUGCCCAGUCCCAAACCUCCCAGCAGCAGCAGCAGCAGCAGCAGUCUGGUCCCAUCCUGGAGCGGCUUGGAGAGGAAUAUUUCAUCCGACUGGGCAACGGGGACACUAACUCUUUCCGGUCACCGUCGAUGUACCCCGGCGGAUCACCUGCAGUCUUCAACAGAGCUUUGCAACUUCAGCUGACGCGGCGUCUUUUACAAGGGAAAGUUGGGAACAUCAGGGCGCUCAUAAGCGGCUUCGGAGACCAUGUGGACGAGUCGAUGGAGAGGGGAAGGAGGUCCGAGGACCCGCCGAUAUCCCUGGAUCUGACCUUCCACCUGCUCCGGGAGAUGAUGGAGAUGUCCAGGGCGGAACAGCUGGCCCAGCAAGCGCAGAACAACAGAAGAAUGAUGGAGCUCUUCGGCAAAUGAAGACCUCUUUCCAAUCCGCCAAAGAUCUCCUUUUCCUCCUUUUCUGCUUUUUUUCUGUUCAUUUUUACCAUCAGCACAAAACAUACUCUGUACCAUAUAGUGCUGCUUUAUCACACAAUUAUUUAUAGCUUUAACCUCAAACAAGGGAGCGUACACGAUGGGCUUGACUUAUAAUUAUCCGAUUGUACCUUACCAUUUUAAUGUUGGUGUCAGAGCUGUAGCGUUACGCCGUUCUUCACUCUCUCUGAACUGGAAUAUUUUGGGUUAUGAUAUGAAUUAUCGCAUUGAGAAGAUGACAUCUUCUUUUAGGUUAUGAUUCAUUGUAUUUAUGGCAUUUAUGUUUGUUAAUAAAAUUAUGAGCAACCAGACAUUUUUUGUUGUGCAAGAGAACGUCUUAUAACUAUAUUUUUUAAUAAAAUAUGAAAAGCAAUGUU